AUGGCGCCCAAGGGGCGCGGAAGGAGCAGGCUGCCCGCCCCGCUGCCGGCGGACAUGGUGCUGCGGGACACCGAGGGCAACGCGUGGCGGCUGGGCCGCCAGCUCGGCCAGGGCGGCUUUGGCUUGAUCUAUCUAGCUUCCCCUCAAACUCAUGUUCCUGUAGAAGAUGAUGCUGUGCAUGUAAUUAAAGUGGAGUAUCUUGAAAAUGGCCCCCUUUUUUCUGAAGUGAAAUUUUACCAAAGGGCUGCGAAACAAGUGCACAUAAGAAAAUGGAUGCAUCUCAAAAAAAUAAAAUGCUUAGGAAUUCCAGUGUAUUGGGGAUCAGGCUUGGCUGAAUACAAAGGGAAAAGCUACAGGUUCAUGGUCAUGGAGAGACUGGGGCAGGACCUUCAAAGCAUCUUUGAAGGUUCUGGGAGUAGGUUUGAGAAGACGACUGUGCUACAGCUUGGGGCACGAAUGUUGGAUGCUUUGGAAUACAUACAUGAAAAUGAGUAUGUUCAUUGUGACAUUAAAGCAGCAAAUCUGCUUUUGGGCUACACCAACCCACAUGAGGUUUAUCUUGCAGAUUAUGGACUUUCCUACAGAUAUUGUCCCAAUGGGAACCACAAACAGUAUCAAGAAAAUCCUAGGAAGGGCCAUAAUGGGACAAUAGAGUUUACCAGCUUAGAUGCCCACAAGGGAGUAGCCCCAUCUAGACGAGGUGACCUUGAAAUCCUCGGCUACUGCAUGCUGCAGUGGGCGUGUGGGAGACUGCCCUGGGAGCAGAACCUCAAGGACCCUGUAGCUGUCCAGACUGCAAAAACAAAACUUUUGGAUGAGCUCCCGCAUUCAGUGAUGGAAUGGGAAUCUUCUGGAAGUAAAUGCAGUGAAAUAGCCGAGUUUUUGGCAUGUGUUUCUGGUUUAGCCUAUGAUGAAAAGCCAAAGUAUGAAGUGCUAAAGCAAAUCCUGCUGGAUGGCCUAGAGUCAAGUGGAACUUGCUACGACGGCCCUCUGGAAUUUUCCACCGCAGGAUGCGCCCCGUAUCAUCGUGCUUCCAAAAUGCCACAAGUCCGCUCACCGAAGGCUGCCCUAAAACCAGUCCAACCGAAGCAAAAAAGGAUGCAAGGUGAAGAGUGCAGCUCUCAAAGCAAACCCUGUGCUGGGGCAACAGCAGCACGACGGCRUCACGCUGAAGAGAAGCCGCUUCAAUCCGUGACGCUGCACCAAGCAGAGCCUCUGCACGUUCCUGCCCCAAAGCCUUCCCUGCAAGCAGCAGAAUGGAAGCUAAGCGAGAUGCAGGUUGACGACGCGGAGCUGCCAAGAAGGCCCCGUGCUCCCGUAACGCGCAGAAAACUCCAGGCUCCCGGGAAGCCGCCUGAAUGGAACGACGGGACCAAGCAGCCUGAGGGACAGCAGGCAGCCUGCCCAUCACUGCCGGAGCCUCCCGUGCCAGGCAGGCGAGUGAAGCAGGAAAGGCGGCGCGCGCGGCCGUGACGUGGCGACCCCGACCGCCCCCACGCACGGAAAGGCUCUA